GGCCCGGAAGCUGGCGUGGCGCGGCGGCGGCGGCGUGCGGGCUUCCUGAGGCGGGACUUCCGACGGCGUUCGCGAGCGUCUUCCGGCAACGUUAGAAGGAGGUCAGUUCGGUCUCCGGGACAUGAAGCCCCCGGACCCCGAGGCUGGACCCUGCUGUGACACGCCCACCAUGCGGGUGCUGCUCGGCACGCUCUGGCUUGCCCUGGCCUGCGGCUCUGUUCAUGCCACCCUGUCGAAGUCAGAUGCCAAAAAGGCUGCCUCGAAGACGCUGCUGGAGAAGACUCAGUUUUCAGGCAAGCCCGUCCACGAGCGGGGUCUGGUGGUGACAGACCUUAGAGCCGAGGAUGUGGUUCUCGAGCAUCGCAGCUACUGCUCAGCGAAGGCCCACAAAAGGCACUUUGCUGGAGACAUCCUGGGCUACGUCACGCCAUGGAACAGACACGGCUACGAUGUCGCCAAGAUCUUCGGGGGCAAGUUCACCCACAUCGCGCCCGUGUGGCUGCAGCUGAAGAGGCACGGCCGCGAGAUGUUUGAGGUCACGGGCCUUGACGAUGUGGACCAAGGGUGGAUGCGGGCAGCCAGGAAGCAGGCCAAGGGCCUCCGUGUGGUGCCUCGGCUCCGGUUCGAGGACUGGACGUACGAGGACUUCCAGAACGUCCUGGACAGCGAGGACGAGAUCGAGGAGCUCAGCAGGACCGUCGUCCAGGUGGCCAAGAGCCAGCACUUUGACGGCCUGGUGGUGGAGGUCUGGAACCAGCUGCUGAUCCAGAAGCACGCGGGCCUCAUUCACCUGCUCACCCACAUGGCCGAGGCACUGCACCAGGCCCGGCUGCUCGCCUUCUUGGUCAUCCCGCCCGCUGUCGCCCCUGGGACCAACAAGCUGGGCAUGUUCACGCACAAGGAGCUUGAGCAGCUGGCCCCCGUGCUGGAUGGCUUCAGCCUCAUGACCUAUGACUACUCCACAGCGCAGCAGGCCGGCCCCAGCGCACCGCUGUCCUGGGUGCGAGCCUGCGUCCAGGUCCUGGACCCCAAGUCCAAGUGGCGGAGCAAGAUCCUGCUGGGACUCAACUUCUACGGCAUGGACUACUCAGCCUCCAAGGACACCCGCGAGCCCGUCAUCGGGGCCAGGUACAUCCAGACGCUGAAGGACCACCGGCCCCAGAUGGUGUGGGACAGCCAGGCCGCAGAGCACUUCUUCGAGUACAAGAAAAGCCGCGGUGGGAGGCACGUCGUCUUCUACCCGACGCUGAAGUCCUUGCAGGUGCGGCUGGAGCUGGCCAGGGAGCUGGGCGUCGGGCUGUCCAUCUGGGAGCUGGGCCAGGGCCUGGACUACUUCUACGACCUGCUGUAGGCCUGGCCUGGAGCCGGCCUGAGCUUUUCCAAGAGACGGAGGGACUGAUAGGCGAAAUACAGACUCUUCCAUUUCC